CAGUAAAAUCUUGAUAUUGUGUAGCAGCAGCAGCAGUACUGAAAAAAUGGCUGGCAAUGCUGGAGGCACAUACACUACUACAAGGUUGCUAAGGGCAGAAGAUGGAGGAAAUAGAAGUGGGCAAGUAGAAGAAGGAAGACCAAAAGAACCAUGGAAAGGAGAGUAUGUGAAGAGUGUUGUCUAUGCAGGACUGGAUGCCAUUAUCACUUGCUUCUCUCUCAUUUCUUCCAUCUCUGCCACUCACAGCUCCACUGUGGAUGUGUUGGUGCUUGGAUUUGCAAACCUGGUGGCAGAUGGGAUAUCAAUGGGGUUCGGAGAUUAUGUGUCUAGUAGCACUGAGAAGGAUGUGGCUGCCAAAGAGAGGGCAGUGACAGAAUGGGAUGUCACUAACCAUGGGAAGGCUCAGAGGCAGGAGUUGGUCCGAAAAUAUCAGCAACUUGGGAUGGACAUUAAUGAUGCAGCCACGGUGGUGGAGAUAUUUGCAAAGUACAAAGACAUCCUAGUAGAUGAGAAAAUGACCACGGAAAAAGGGAUGACACCACCUGAUGAAGAGGAGAAGCCAUGGAAGAAUGGUCUUAUUACCUUAGUGGCUUUCCUUGUGUUUGGCUGUUUACCACUCCUCUCUUUCGUUGUCCUAAUCCCUUUUACUAACGAUGAAACAAUGAAGUUUAUUGGUGCUUGUUUCAUGGCUAUCUUAGCCUUGGCAGUUCUUGGAAUAGCGAAGGCAAAGAUAACUGGACAAAAUUAUGUGCUGUCUGUAUUCAUCACCGUAGGCAAUGGUGCCUUCGCUGCUGCUGCGGCUUAUGCUAUCGGGUGGACGCUAAGGAAUGUAGCUGGGCUAGUUGACUGAAAAUGCUGGGUUUUUAGUUCUGAC